AGUUCGGCCAUCUCACUGCCGCACCUUGGAACCUCAACCCUCAAGCCCGCACCUUCGUCUCGCCCUCCCAUUUCUCUCCCCUUCUUACCUUUGAUCAGGUACCGUACCUUAAUGCUUCAAAUGCUCCUUCCACUGGGCGCUUCACCAUCGUCGAGUCACCUGUCGUAAUUUCCGCCCUCUUGAGCUGCCGCCUCCUUUGCCUGUUCCUGUUCCGCCUCCCGAGCAGCUUGCCUGUCUCGGCACAGCGCAACCCGCCUGCAACAUCUACCCGAGCUCCUGUUGCUUUGUCUCCUCGACCCAACCUCACUGAGCACACCUCGUAUCCUACUUCCGCUCCAGGCGCUGCAGCUUCGACAUAGUUCUGCCCAUCGAGAGGUCCAACUAUACGAAGCUGAUCCAGCAACCCCUCCCUCGACGCUCUCCUCCGCCCGCCUCUACGAAAAAGAGUUUCGCGCCUUACCUAAGCACCACCGCAGCCCGAGGGCAGCACAGCGCCUCGGGCCACUCCUCUCGCACCCCCUUCAUGUCGACAGUAUGGAACAAUCUCCUGCGAUGACCUCGGAGCAAUCUUCCUCCCUCAAGCGACCUCGUUCACCAACCGAACAGCAUCCUCACCCCGCAUCCAAGAUACCGCGAACUGCGACGAAUCACCUGCAGAUCAAUUACCUUGCCCGGCAACAUAAAGAGACCAUACCUCUCGUGACUGUCAACGACAAGCUCCCGGAAAUAGCGCGCCUGUUGAAUGAAUAUGAUGGAGUCAUACUACGCCACGAGAGCAUGGCAGGCAAUCUUGGAGCUUGUCCACUCGGUCCAAUAUUGCUGAAGAGGUUCGAGAGGCUCUUCGAAGGCCCACCGAAAGUGCUCAAAUCUCAUGGCAAAGACGCUAGUAUCAGUUGGUUGGAUGUCGUGGAAUUCGCCCAGAACAGUCCCAAGCAGUUCAACUUGGAAAGAAUGCGCAACGGCGUAAGAGUCUGUCAGUUUUACACCAAGCAAUGUCGGGUUGAGAUCUCAGAGGAAGACUAUGUGCUUAUUGCAAGUGGAAUGCCACAGAAACUCAUACCACCGCAACCCAUUCUGGAGGAUGAAGAGAAGGAGCUGGGAGUCAUGGACCUCUUAGAUCGGAACCUCGGCCAGGUCAUUCAACUUGCAGAUCAAGUGUCUGGCCGAGCUCGCCAAUUGAUCCAUAAAAUGAAGAAUCGUCGUACUGCCAUCUUGAGCAGACGCGAGCAAGAGGCAGAGGCUGCGAAAAGGAAUACUGUCAGAUCAGAUGGCUCACCCAUGUCCACGCUUGACACGAAUGGAAUCAACAAUGCUCAGCCGGUUAGAAGCAUUGAAGUGUCCCAGUCCCCUCCAGUGGGAUUCACCGCCGUCAAUCUAAGGCAAAGUGUUGGUGGAGAAGGGCAUCAGCGUCUGCCAUUGCCCAGCGAGGCACUGAGAAAUCAGCCGGAUGAGGUAUACUCGUCAAAUGUCACCAUCAUCAACGGCAAGUCGAUCAAGGAUGCUUCACCUUCUGUGCGAGCCGAGAUGAUGAAGAAAUUCCUGACCCCGAGCGAGCGAGAAGCUGGAAUGCCUGAGGACACCUUUCGGCGAUCUUCGAUGGGUACUGCCAGAACCGAUGCUGUGCGAGAAUCGCCGGCGGAAAAGGCUCGUUCGGGCUCGGUGGAAUUAGCUGGUACCAACGCUAGCAAGCAAAAUCAACCUACGGUGGCUAUUCCCAGCACUCCGGCCUCUUUGAUGCCUCACUCGAAACCGUCGACUCUGGAUCGAGAUGAUGGCGGUCCCUUUAAGGCGGAAAUGGUACGACGAAUGGACAACAUGUGGAAAGGAGAUCGAGUGAUUCCGCCAUGCGACCGAUGCCGACGGCUUCAUAUGGACUGCUUGAAAAACCUUACCGCUUGCAUGGGUUGUACAAAAAAGCAUGCAAAGUGCUCAUGGAAGGAAGUCCGGGCAGAUGAAUUACAGCUGAAUGCGCCGGGAACUGAAGCGAUGUCCGAGACAGCCCCCACGAUAUCCGCUCCGGAGAAUCUGCCACCCUUAUCUGCUGGCUCGACGAUUGAAGUCAAUCCUCCGUCAGAGGCUGCAAUACGAUCCGCGAGCAUUGCUCGGGCCUCGUUAGAUCUGACCGAGGGUCAACUGGACACCCCUACCAAAGAAGCGACUGCUCAAGUGGCCGAGUCGAGAAGAAGUGAACCCACACUAAGCGGCAGUUCGCCAGCACGGUUCGAUGUACGACCUCCUCCGCUCACUCAACAGCUGCAAGAUGCUUCAAAGUACCGGUCAGCAGAGUCGAGAUCAUUUAGCGGAAUGCUCUCUCCACGUGAGAAAGAACGAGCAAAGGACGAUGAGGACGACGAGGGCGAUCGAUUGCAAGCACUUGCAGCACGGGUCUAUCGGACAGCUUCACAGAGCGGUCAUCGACCUUGAAGCGAAACUUAUGUGUUACUCUUUCCACGAGGAUUUGCUGCAGUUGAGCUUGGAUGUGCCACCAGGAUUGUGGGGUAGAUGCGAACAAUAGACUGACUGAUGUUAUUUGGGAACAGCGAUGGCUUGCAUCAGUGACGGAUGGAGCAUCAGAUCUGAGAAAAGCACUGAACAGCUGCAGUUGGGGCUUAGUUCGUUGUCUGGGCGGUUGUAUUGAUACUUCUGCAUAUGCAAGUACUAGUACUCGUACCGGGUGUAAGUACCUUUCUCGUAGCUGGCGGAAUAGAUUCCAUUUAAGACGUC